AUGUACAGAACUCUGACAUCGUGCCGAAUACCCGUCCGGAAAUCUAUCCGAUUCCUGGCUCUAAGUAACCGCUGGGCUAUGGGAACGGACGAGGAAGAUGAGACGAGUGAGAAAAAGUCGGCCAAAGACGCCCUGCUUCUGUGGUGCCAGAGGCGGACGACCGGUUACCCACACGUUGAGAUACAUGACUUCACUGGCUCUUGGGUGAGCGGCAUGGGCUUCAACGCGCUCAUCCAUGCCCACAGGCCAGACCUGAUCGACUUCCAACGACUCCACCCGGACAACCACCUGGACAACUUGAAUUACGCUUUCAAUGUCGCCGAGCGAGAAUUGAACAUUCCCCGGCUCCUGGAUGCCGAAGACAUUGACACCAUCAAGCCCGAUGAGAAAUCCGUGAUUACCUAUGUGGCCUCUUAUUACCACUGCUUUGCAAAAAUGAAGAACGAAAUCAAAGGCGGAAGAAGGAUUGCAAAUAUUGUUGGUCAAUUGAUGGACAUUGACCAAAUGAAAUCCACGUACGAUGAUUUCACCCGAGAAUUGCUGCGGUGGAUCCAGCAAAAAAUCGUUGAACUCGAUCGCCGUGAGUUCAAGAACUCGCUCGAGGGAAUCCGACAGGAUCUGGCGCAGUUCAAGAAGUACCGAACCGUAGAAAAGCCCCCGAAGUACAAGGACUGGAGCGAGAUUGAGGCUUUAUUUUUUGGCAUCAACAUGAAAUUGUCCUCACUAAACCAACCGCCGUAUGUGGCUCCCGAUGGCCAGUCCGUUCACGAUAUCCAGAGUGCGUGGGAAAAGCUGGAGCGUGCGGAGCAUCGGCUGGAAGUUUCCCUGCGUGAUGAAUGGAUGCGCCAGGAAAGACUUGAAAACCUGGCCCAAAAAUUUCUCCGAAAGGCUGUUGUCCGCGAGAAUUAUUUGAAGGAGAUGAACCAAGUAUUGUCUGAUCCUCGCUAUGGUUGCAACGUGUCCCAAAUCGACGCUACAGUGAAAAAGCAUGAAGCUAUCAGCGCCGACAUCCUCGCCAGGAGAGAACGUUUGCACGAAUUGGCUGAUAUGGCUGUUGAGUUGGAUCGAGAGAACUAUCGCGGAAAGGAAGAAAUCAAAAAACGGAGUCGUGAAAUUAUGGAGAAAUGGCAAGAGUUGCUGAAGCUCCUGGAGAAAUUGAAAGUAACGCUUGCAACUCUGUCGAAUCUGAUGUCGCUGCUGCGUGAAGCCGAAACUGUGACGGCAUCUGUGAAGGAUCUCGAGGAUGCUUUCAAGUCUGAAGACGUCGGCAUUCAUUUGAUGGACGUGGAGGAUUUGCUCCAGAAACACGCCAUUCAGGAAGCAGAAGUAAACUCCGUCGGAGAUACCAUCAAGAAGCUGAACAAGCAGGCACAAACGCUUUUACUAGCUGACUACAAAGAGUCGCCGUUGCUGGACAAGAAAUUGCAGAAGUUGAACGACGAGUACGCGAACGUGCUCGCGGUGAAGGACAAGCGUCGAGCUCUCCUCGAGGAAGCACGCAAUUUUUUCUCGUUCCUUCAGAACCACGAAGAUGAGGAGGCAUGGAUAAUCGAGAAACAGCGCAUUUGCCAGGCUGCGCUCAUUGCCAAAGACCUGCGAGCUGUGAUGAUGAUGCAGCAAAAACACAAGGCUUUGGAAGACGAAGUCCGUGCGCGGAAGGGAAAAAUCCGAAACAUCUAUUCGGAAGGCGAGGAUCUCAUUAAGUGCAACCAUUGCGCCUCUGACGACAUUCGCGCUCGCCUUCAAGAGCUCGAUGAUCAGUGCAAAGCUCUUGAUGAGCUAACUGCGAAAAAACGCCUCCAGAUUCAGCAAGCUAUCGAAGGUUACCAGUUGACCAUUGUCGAAUCCAGCUCAUUAAUUCUCGCGAACGGUCGCAUGUUUGGUACGGUCGGUAAUCCUUUGACUGCGUGUCACAAUGCGUUGCGUGUUCUCCGGCAGUUUUAUGCGGACGUGAACGAAGCAGAAUCAUGGAUGAAGGAGAAAUUGCCGCUGGUCAAGUCGGCGGAUUUUGGUACUGACGAACCGAGCGCGCAGGCGCUCCUGGCGCGACAGAAAGUACUUGAGGGAGAAAUUCAAGCAUACAGAGGCGAUGUGCAAUCUUUGAACGCUCAAGGGGAGAAGCUAAUUAAAGCGGGAAAUGCUAUACUGACGCUGUCGCAAGACGACUCCGGUUUGGGAGAAGAUGAACCUCAGGAGGAGUGGGUGACAGAAACACGACUGGUUCCUCAAGAGAUUUGGGUUGAUGAGCCGGUCAAGGUAACCGAGUUGACGACCGUGACGGAAACGGUCACCGUUAAUCAGGUCCGCGCUCUGUACGCGUAUGACGGUCACGGAAUGAAACAAGCCAAAGGAGAGAUCAUGGUGCUGCUCAAAAAAACGAACGAUGACUGGUGGAACGUCCGGAAGCAGAACGGUCAAGAUGGGUUCGUCCCUGCUUCGUAUGUCAAAGAAAUCGAUCCGAAAAUCAUACCGGUAAAAAAACGUAAACCGGAAACCGUUGUUAAAAUUCAGAAAGUCAAGCGAACAAAAAUGGUUGAAAAGCAAGUUAAGGUGAAACGACCGAAACCACCCAUCCGUGGAGUGAAACCGAAGCAAAAGCAAGCAGCCGUGAGGGCAGACGUGGACAGCUGUCUCAAGGAGUUGAAUAAGAACUACGAUGAUCUGGUCAAAUUUGCUCAGGAUCGCCGAGCAUUCCUCGAGGACUCCGUGCAUUUGUUCAAAUUUUAUCAAGAGUGUGACGACCUGGAAAAGUGGAUGAAAGACCAGGAGCGCCUUCUGCGAGCGACUCCGAACGACGAAACCGUCGCUGACGCCAAGAUGAAAUUUGAGGCAAGCCUUAAAUUCGUGACGGAUAUGUCUGCUGCAACUCACCGGCUCGAGGAGCUCGAUAAUGCUGCAGCCGAUUUGGAACGCGAAGGCAAUACCCAAAUGGACAAAAUUCGUCGUCGUCAGAAACAGAUUCAUGCUAUGUGGAAGCGGAUGAAUCAGCUCAAAGAAGAAAAAGAAAAGAGUCUUGAAGGUGCGACCAGUGUGGAAUUAUUCGGGCGCACCUGCGACGAAGCGUGUGACUGGAUGCGCGAAAAAAUGAUGAAAAUGGACACCGAUGACCUUGGGCCUGACCUUAAAACCGUUCAAGCGCUACAGCGUAAACACACCAAUCUGGAACGCGAGCUUGCUCCUGUGGAGCAAAAAGUAGAGAGGAUCUUGUCUAUUGGCAGUGUCAUCAACUCGUAUCCAAUGGAACGGGCUAGUGUUUUAUCCCGGCAGAAGCAACUGCAGGAUUUGUGGAAAAGCGUCAAGACUAAAGCUCAGGAGCGUCGGGCGCGCUUGGAGGAUGCAGUUGGUGAAGCCGUAUUCACGAGAAGUUCGAAAAAUUUGUUGCGCUGGGUUGCAGCUAUAAAAGAAGCUCUAAAUGCUGAUGAAACUGCAAACGAUUUGGCCACAGCUGAAGCAUUGCUGAAGAAGCACGCCGAUCUGGGGGAAGAAAUCAAGGGUCAGGAGAGCGAGUUCAAAACUGUAAAAGAUCACGGGAGAAAACUUCUCUCGAGAAAACCUUCGUCACGAGAAGCGGUUGAAAAAGCUCUGGUGGAGUUGGAAGAGGAAGAAAAUGCAGUUCGUCGUGGUUGGCAAGAAAAAGAGGACUGGUUGCGUCAGCGGCGUGAUUUGCAAGUCUUCGAGAGGGAAGCAGACCAUUUGGAUUCCGCAACAUCUGCUCACGAGGCAUUCCUCGCGUUCCAAGACCUUGGGGAAUCUGUCGAUGCUGUCGAAGCCUUGUUGAAGCGGCACGACGAGUUUGAAAAUAUGCUGAUCGUUCAGGACGAGCGACUCAAAGGAUUCGUCAUCAUGUCCGAUGAGCUUCUCGAAGCGCAACAUGCUGCCAGUCAAUACAUUCUCGAGCGACGAAAUGCCGUCGUUGCUCGACGCCAGGCAGUCAAAGAGAAGGCGAGCGAGCGACGCAACAAGUUGCUCGCAUCUCGUGAUUAUCAAGCGCUUAUGGCAGAUGCUGACGACAUGAGUUCAUGGAUGAACGACAAACUCAAGCUGGCCUCCGACGAGUCCUACAGAGACUUGAGCAAUUUGGAGAGGAAAUUGCAGAAGCAAGAGGCAUUUGUGCGAGAGCUUCAUGCCAAUGAAGGUCGCUUGAAGGGAUUGCGCAAAGCUGCCCAAGGACUCGUAAAUUGCCAGCAUUAUCGUUCACCUGAGAUCGAAGAAGCCAUCGAAAAACUGAAUGCGAUGUGGGAUAAUUUAUGGUCCAAAACCAAUGACCGUAAGAAGAAGCUAAGACAGGCUAAUGCUCAGCACGAAUUCAACAAAACUCUGGAAGAUGCCAAGGAGAAGUUGGAUGAUUUGGAAAAAAAAUUGAUAUCUACUGAUGUUGGAAGCGACUUGAGAAGUUGCAAGCAAUUACUUUAUGCCCAUCAGGGCAUUGAAAAUGAUAUGGAGCAGUGGCAAAUGAAGAUCAGGGACAUGAUCGACUCCGGAAAAGAUAUGGCUCAUGAUGGUCAUUUCGAUGGCGACGCAAUUCUGCAGGCUUCAGGCUCCUUCCAGAAAAAGUUGGUCUCAUCAAUAUCCUCUCAUACAUUAACUUAUCGACCAGUUUCAUCGGAUCGUCAUUUUUAUAAUUUCGAAUUGAAAAUUCCACGAAGGUAUGACAGACUGAAGGCCCCAAUUUUGCUACGGCGAGAAGCCUUGGAGAAAGCUUUGGCGUAUUACGAGUUCGCUUUUGAAGUCGACGCUCAACUGCAGUGGAUUGCGGAUAAGCUUCCGAUGGUCAAGUCGGAAGCCGUUGGUCAGUCACUCCACGAAGCCCAAAGUUUGGACAAAAAACAUAAGAAGUUGAUGGAUGAGCUGAAUGGUCACGAAAAAUCUAUCGAUAAAAUCAUUACCGAGGGUCAAGGAUUAAUCAAAAGCAAUCACCCUCACGCUGCCCAGGCUUUGGAAUUGGAGUUGGAUACGUACAACGGAAUCGUGAACGAAAUGGGCUCGAUUGCACAAGGAAUGCUGAAAUCCCAACACCCUGAAGGGAAAAUAAUUGAAGACCGACACCAAAUGGUUAGUCAGCAGGUGAAAAAUUUGCAGAAGCUGGCCAACAGUCGACGUCAAAAUCUUCUCGAAUCCUUGUAUCGCCACGAAUAUCUUCGAGAAAGCGACGACCUCGAACAAUGGAUCAAUGAAUGUAUCCAAAUUUCUUCCUCCGAAGAUUACGGCAAAGACUGGGAACAUUUGGAGACUCUCAGUAGCAAGUUUUCGGAUUUCAAGCAUCGUGUAAAUGCCGGUGCGGAGCGUGUCAUGGCGUGCCGUGACUUGGCGAAGAAACUGAUCGGCAGUGACAGUCCUUACAGCAACGACAUCGAAAAACGUCAAGAGCAGUUGGAUGCGAUAUGGGAGAAGCUCAACGAGAACAUCGAAAUACGUGAUGAACGAUUCGUCGUCGCCAGUGAUAUUCAUCAGUUCAACAAAGACGUGGCGGAAGCUUUAGAAAGAAUUCAGGAGAAGAAAGGGAGCGUGCCGGAUGACGUCGGACGUGAUUUGCAUUCGGUCGAGUCGCUGCUCAAAAAACACGACGGAUUCGAGAAUGAUUUGGUUGCGUUAGAAACAAAGUUGCAGUUAUUGGUGAAUGAUGCUGCGAAAUUGAGAGACAUGUACCCCGGUGAACACGCGGAUACCAUUGCUGAACAGCAAACUGCGGUGGUGAAUGCUUGGGAGUCGUUGCAACUGAGUGCAGCUGAAAGGAAAGAAAGAUUGACGGCUUCUCUGGAAUUUCAUCGUUUCAUGUCUGCGAGUCGUGACCUCUUGAAUUGGGCGGAAAGUCUUAGAGGCACCAUGAUGGCAGAAGAGAAGGUUCACGACGCAGCGUCGUCUCAGAUGGACAUCAAACGGCGAAAAGAAAAACUCCUGGACGAGAGGCAGAAAUUGCAUGCAACGUGGCAUCACAAGAAAGUUUAUCUCGACCAGCUCAUCGAUUUACAUUUCUUUUUGCGGGAUGCAAAGCAGCUGUCCACUAUCGCCCAAACCCAAGAGGUGGCGUUGAACGCAACUGAUGCAUUUUAUCACGAUUCCGCGGAUGGUUCACAUCGAAGAGACCCUCUAUCCAUUGAGCAAGUGGACAGCGCUCUAAAGAAGCACGAGGCAUUUGAAAAAGUCGUUCUGGCGCAAGACGACAAGUUCUCCAGUCUCCAAAUGCACGGCGAGAAGCUGGUCCAGCAAUGCCACUUCGACAGUCCAAACAUUUCUAAGAAAAUGGAGGAAGUUGAAGUCCAGAGGCGGAAGAUUAAGGAACUCACUGCUUCAAAAAGAUACCUUCUCGAACAGCUAUUACUCAAUGCGCAGUUCAAUCGUGAUGUAGAAGAAGCCCAGAUUUGGAUAGGGGAGAAGCUUAAAAGCCUGGAAUCCCCCGAGCUGAAGGCAGAGACGGUUACCAGCUUAGAGGAUAAGGUUAAAAAGUUGAAAAAGCAUCAGGCUGUUCAAGCUGAAAUCAAGUCAAACGAGCCCAGAAUGAAACAAAUCAUGGAGAACGGCGAUAUCUUGCUGAAAAAUUCGGUGGACGGCUCCACUGAUGUUAGACGAAAUCUCGACCAGCUGCGAUCUGCAUGGAAGGCGUUGCUACGCUUGUCUCGCAGUCUGAGCAAGGGUUUCGAAGAGGCUCAAGACAUUCUUGAUUUCAACUCUCAUGUCGAGAAAGCAGAGUCAUGGAUAAAAGAAAAGGAACUGAUGGUUUCUGCUGCUGACACCGGAAGGGAUUACGAGCACUGCUUAGAACUGCAGCGGAAACUCGAUGAUGUUGACUCAGAAGUACGAGUUGACGAUUCGAGAAUGAAGUUGAUCAGCGAUUUGGCGGAUAAAAUUGUCAGUCGUGGACACACCAAUGCCAACCAAGUGUUGCGAAAGAGAGAGGAUCUUAACCAGAAAUGGAAAAAUUUGCAAGGAGUUCUCAACAAAUACCGCAAUGGCCUGGCGAGUGCGUUGGAAAUCCACGCCUUUUACCGUGACGUUGGUGAAACUAAGUCGCGUAUUCAUGAAAAGAUGCUGGCUCUGAGCGUCGAGGAUGUUGGACAAGAUCUUCUGCAAGUUGAGGCCCUACAACGGCGUCAAGAAGCGUUGGAGCGAGACAUUUCCGUGAUUGGCGGAAGAAUAAAGGAAUUGGACGCUGACGCCCGACGACUAACAAAGAAGUAUCCCGACAGCGUUUCAUCGAUUCUUCAGCGCCUUUCAGACUUACAGGAGAGCUGGCGUGCGCUCAUUGACAAGUCGGACGUUCGCAAACAAGCCUUGACUGCGUCUCACACAUAUCACAAGUUCCAAUCGGAACUCAACGAACUCGAGCGCUGGUCGAAAAAUAUCCGAGAGAAGAUGAACUCGAUGUCCAUUCCUACCUCGCUAGCUGAGGCCGAAGCAAAUCUUCAGCUGCACCAAGAACGCAAGGCAGAGAUUGAUGGUCGCCAGGACUCCUUCAAAGCAUUGAAAGAAUUUGGUCAUCGUUUAUACCAGCAGUCGCAUCGCAGCAAGGAACAAGUCGAAGAAAAACUCAACUAUCUUGAAGAAAUGCGUCGGGAAUUGAUGGCCGCUUGGGAAGAGCAGAAACAAAUACUGCAGCAGUCGAAACAAUUGCAGGAAUUCAUCUGCCAGGCUGAUGAAGCUGAAGAAUGGCUUUCCUCGAAAGAAGCUUUUCUUAUCAAUGAUGACUACGGGGAAUCAAUGGCAUCCGUGGAAGCCCUCAUGCGGAAGCACACCGAUUUCGAAAAGGCGUUGAGCGCCCAACAAGAAGCAAAAAUUGAUCAGUUGGAGCGACUAGCUACGGAGCUGGCUGCCGCUCAGCACAUCGACAUGGAUACGAUUCGAGAGCGUCUACAGUCAGUUUGUCAUCGGCAUGAUCAAUUGAAAAAGAAUUCCUUGAUGAGAAAACAAAAACUCGUCGAGUCCAAACAACUGCAGCAGUUUCUCAGCAACGUGUAUGAGGUUGCUGGCUGGAUCGGUGAAAAAUAUCAAGUUGCGAGCGACGACUCCUAUCGUGAUUUGACAAACUUGCAGCAUAAGCUACAGAAGCACGUUGCUUUCGAAGCCGAAUUGAUAGCAAACGAAGGCCGAAUCCACGCUGUGACCGAAGAAGGCGAGAAACUUAUUGGAGCAAACCACUACUCCGCAAUGGAAAUCCAGUCGCGACUUUCAGAACUAGAGCAUUUAUGGCGACAACUGCAGGAUGCUUCAAUGGAAAAGAAAGCCAAAUUAGAGGCUGCUUAUCAAGCGUUUGCAUUCACGAGAUCAUUGGACGACUUGGAAGCUUGGAUGGACGAAGUGGAGUCACAGCUUCAAUCCGAAGACCACGGUCACGAUCACACGUCUACUCAAUUUUUGAUCAAAAAACAUCAAGCACUCGAAACAGACUAUCAUCAUCAUGCAGAAAAUACUGAGAAAGUAAACGAGCAGGUCAAAAAGUUCGCUGUUUCGGGCCAUUUCUUGAUUGAGAUGUUGGAGGAAAAAUCCCGUCUAACAGUGGACAGGUACAAUUCACUUCAAGAGCCUCUACAAAUUCGCAAAGAGAACCUUGAAGACGCGUCUCAGUUGUAUCAAUUCACUCGGGACAUAGACGACGAAAUCAUGUGGGUUCAAGAAAAAGAACCGAUCUGUCAAUCAAAUGACCUCGGAAACAGUCUGAGAGCUGCGCAAAAAUUGUUGAAAAAACAUCAGACGACAGAGGGAGAAAUUCAAUCGCGCGAGUCGGUGAUCGAUCGCUUAUGCACAAAAGGCGAGAAAAUGAUUAAAAAUGGGCACGUUGAUGCUGCGACUAUCGAGAAAAAAUGUACUGAACUUGGUGCUAGAUGGACUGAGUUGAAGGACGCUGCCAGUCUCCGAAGACUCCGCUUGCAGGAUGCUCUCGAAUCGCACCAGUUCUUCGAGGAUGCUGAAGAAGUGGAGGCAUGGAUCGCGGAAAAGAAACGCCUAGUCGACUCAACGGACGCUGGUAAGGAUGAGGACUCUGUUCAGCUUCUGCAAAAGAAGCUCGAUUCCCUGUCGCACGAUAUCGACAACCUGAAAGCGCCGAUUGGUCGAUUGUCCAAGCAUUGCGAAACCAUGGAGAGUCGGAACCAUUUUGACGCGGCACGCGUGCGCAAACAGCAGAAGAAGCUCGAGGAUUCCUACGCCCGUCUUAGCUCAAAACUGGAAGAAAAACUGCGACGCUUGGAGGAAAGUGCGAAGCUUUACAAGUUCCUGCGUGAAGCGGAAGAAGUGAGCACGUGGAUCAACGACGAGAUGAGCGUGGCUGCAUCUGAGGACUAUGGCGUGGACGUGGAGCAUGUCCAAGUGCUGAUAGAUAAGUUCCAAAUUUUCCGCGCCGCUCUGAAUGCCGGCGAGGAGCGGGUGCUUAUGGCGAAAGCCACGGGCGAACAAUUGAUAGAAGACAGACACAAUGAAAACGAAACCAUUCGAGCAAAAAUUAAGGAUGUAACUCAGCUGUGGGAGGACCUGAACGAGCUUGCGCAAGCUCGCCAAGACGCGCUUUUGGGGGCAAAGCAAGUGCACGCAUUUGACCGCUCUGCUGACGAAACGAUUGAGUGGAUUCAGGAGAAAGACGCCGUCAUUUCGUCAGAAACGUAUGGAAAUGACUUGGAAAGCAUACAGGCGUUAAUGCGGAAGCAUCACGGGUUCGAACGCGAUUUAGCAGCUGUGAAAGAACAGGUGGAAGCUGUGGAUCAGGAGGCUCAUCAGCUGGCUGCUCAGUUCCCAGAUGCUCGGGAGCACAUUAGCGUGAAGCAUGAGGAAACCGUCGAAGCAUGGAACAAUUUGCUCGAGAAAUCUGCUCAGCGCAAAGACAAACUCCAGCAGGCGGAAGAACUGCAAGCAUACUUCGACGAAUAUCGUGAUUUAAUGUACCUCUUGUGUGUGAUUCCCAACGUUCGCAUCUACAGGGCGUGGGUGAACGAAAUGAUUGCCAAAGUCACAGCACCAGAACUGGCCAAAGAUUUGAAAGCUGCCGAGGUCCUUGUCACGCGACAUGAAGAAAUGAAGGCGGAGAUGGACGCGCGGAGUGAUGCUUUGUCGAAGUUCAGCGAAGCCGGGGAGAAAAUCAUUCGCUCAGGGCAUUUUAUGUCCGGGGAAAUUCAAGAAAAAAUCCAGUCUUUGGAAACGCGGCGAAAGCAACUUGUGUCAUCGUGGGAAAAGCGUCAGAAAAUCUACGACUUCCACCUUGAUUUGCUCACCUUCAUGGCAGACUGCACCCAGAUGGAAGGCUGGCUGCAGAGUCGUCAGUCUCAGCUAUCGGAUUCAUACAUGGGAUCCUCAAUUGCUCAAGUAGAAGACCUUAUCAAGAAGCACGACGAUUUCGAGAAAACUCUCACGGCACAUGAGCAAAAGUUGGCUUCCGUCAAACGUCUUACCAAAGACUCUCAAGAACCAGCGGCUCCACCGAAGGCUGAUACAGAGUCCGGCUCACGGUCUAUCUGGCGACCUGGAAGUCAAACGAAUUUACUGCAGUUACCGAAGCGUGCUGAAAGCAUGCGAGUGGGAGAGGAUGGUGGAAAGAAGCCGAAACGUACGCCAAGUUUCACGACGCGCAAGCGGACAACUUCGUUUAGGAAGCAAAAGCUCAAAAUGCCCGACGAAAUGGUUCAGCUGCCACCGGUUGAAAUGAAGGGCUUCCUGGAACGCAAGCAGGAACUUCAGACAGGUGGCAAAAAGGCGACGAUUCGUUCGUGGAAAACGCAUUAUACGGUUCUGUGCGGCCAGUUGUUGUGUUUCUUCAAGGACAUGCAAGACUUCGUUGAAGGGAAAGCCUCGUCUCCCCCGGUUGCAAUAUACAACAGCACUUGCGAAGUGGCUACCAAUUAUACCAAAAAGAAAUAUGUUUUCAGAAUAGUCACUACAGAUGGCGCGGAGUACUUAUUCAAAGCGGAGAACGAAGUCGAACGGGAUGACUGGGUUAAGAAGACCAAAUUCCACGCAUCUUUACCCCCGUCACAGCAGCUGCUGUCCUACGAUUCCCAUAAGGCCGGAAUAGAAGAGCAUUCGGUCAUCGAAGACUCGGUAUUUGCUUGUUCGGGUGAAGGCACCGGCGGUCAUUCGCCUGGGUAUAUUCGCAAAGCCCCCUUGGAUGAAGCCGGAAAUAAGCUACAUUCGCAGCGUGGCAGCGGUCUGCACGAGGAAACCCUAAGCUCGGGGUCGAGUCGAUCCAAUUCCCCCCUGCCGCAGCCUCCGAACGAGGCGCCACCCAGAUCCGUUCACCCUCCUUCGCCUGCCAAAGGGCAGCUUAAUGACGCUUACCUGACUCCUGUCCCUUCGCCCCCGCCGAUGCACUCGCAUCCAUACGGUAGGGAACAAGUACCCGUCGGCUCGAAACAUCAGAACGGAAGGGAGAAAAUAUUGGUGGAUCUUCAGGAACUGCCUUCGUAUUAUAAUGCGACAUCUGAUGGACUUGGGGAGUUGCGAGAUUUCAGUCGUCGCCCCGAACCCGUCUACGCCAAUGAAGGGGCCGAGCAAUUGCACGUCAACAAGCGCCCUCAGUCAUUCCACGGCGGUCCGAGCGUACCGCCACCGCCGCCACCUGCGCGUACUUCCGUACAUUACGGCGCCACUCCUUUGCAAGGUGUUCGAGACAUCCACGGAGCCCCGACGCAGCAAUAUACUGGAAGCUCGUCCGGAGGAGUAGGUGGUCCAGGUAGCCGCGUGAGCUCGUUGCCGCCGCGGACAGCACCUCCGUCUGGGCCCGGUCCGUACCCACAACGCGGACAACUUCCGCACGCCUCCCUGACGCGCAGCUCGACUGUAGCCGUGCCUCCGCACGAAAAGUGUCUCAUAACUCCACCCAAAACCCAUGAACCAUCCGGAAAGCAAGCCACGACGACAACAACGACGCAAUUUUUUCGUCUCUCUUCCAUCAGAGCUCGAACUAAAAAUGUUUCGGAACGCGAUGACGACGACGUGCCUCGACCGAUAAUCGAGACACGUCGAGCAGCGGGGACUCCGUCGUUUCCCGAGGACGUGCAAACCAGCAAAAUUGAAAGCAUGUCGAGUCUUCAGUCACGGGGGGUCAGGUACGAACCGUGGAAAGCCGAAGUAGCCAAAUACUGUACGAUUACGGGGUGA